CUGACAUGACUCUCUACCAGGGGGCUGGAGAGUAUGGGCUCUGCUACCAUCAAAGUCUUCUCUGCACACCCCUCAUUCCUCAGACCUCCCUUCAGCCUCAACAGAAACCCUAACAGGACCCAAGCCCACCUUCUGCUGCCCAGUGCCAAGCCAUGACUAUCACCUACACAAGCAAAGUAGCCAAUGCCCGCCUUGGUUCCUUCUCGUGCCUCCUCCUGUACUGGCGAGGCAGCAUCUAUAAGCUGCUGUAUGGAGAAUUUCUUGUCUUCAUGUUCCUCUACUACUUCAUCCGUGGACUCUAUAGAAUGGUUCUCUCGAAUGAUCAGCAGCUGUUGUUUGAGAAGCUGGCUCUGUACUGCAACAGCUACAUUCAGCUCAUCCCUAUAUCCUUCGUUCUGGGUUUCUAUGUUACAUUGGUGGUGAGCCGCUGGUGGAACCAGUAUGAGAGCUUGCCAUGGCCCGACCGCCUCAUGAUGCAGGUGUCUAGCUUCGUGGAGGGCAAGGACGAGCAUGGCCGGAUGCUGCGGCGCACGCUCAUCCGCUACGCCAUCCUGGGCCAAGUGCUCAUUCUGCGCAGCAUCAGCACCUCGGUCUACAAGCGCUUUCCCAGUCUUCAGCACCUGGUGCUAGCAGGCUUUAUGACCCCUGGGGAACAUAAGAAGUUGAAGAAGUUGGGUCUACCACACAAUACAUUCUGGGUGCCCUGGGUGUGGUUUGCCAAUCUGUCAAUGAAGGCCUAUCUUGGAGGUCGAAUCCGGGACACUGUCCUGCUCCAGAGCCUAAUGAACGAAGUGUGCACCUUGCGUACUCAGUGUGGACAGCUGUAUGCCUACGACUGGAUCAGUAUCCCGUUGGUGUACACACAGGUGGUGACAGUGGCAGUAUACAGCUUUUUUCUUGCAUGCUUAAUUGGGAGGCAGUUUCUGAACCCAAACAGGGACUACCCAGGCCAUGAGAUGGAUCUGGUUGUGCCUGUCUUCACAAUCCUGCAAUUCUUAUUCUACAUGGGCUGGCUAAAGGUGGCAGAACAGCUCAUCAACCCCUUCGGAGAGGAUGAUGAUGAUUUUGAGACCAACUGGAUCAUUGACAGAAACCUGCAGGUGUCCCUGUUGUCUGUGGAUGGGAUGCACCAGAACUUGCCUCCCAUGGAGCGUGACAUGUACUGGAAUGAGACAGCGCCUCAGCCACCCUACACAGCUGCUUCUGCCAGGUCUCAGCGACAGUCCUUCAUGGGCUCCACCUUCAACAUCAGCCUGAAGAAAGAAGACUUGGAGUUUUGGCCAAAUGAGGAUGACACCGAUGACAAGAAAGAGACCGGUUAUGACAGCAGCAUUGGAUCCUUCUUAGGACUGCAAUCCAAUGACCAUUCUUCCAGGACAGACUUAAAGACCAAACUAUUGGGUUUUAAGAAGGACUCUGUCCUCGAGGGCGAGUGUAAGAAUGACAAUCAGAAAGACCAGAAAGAUAAUGUCUGGAGACUUAAGGGUCUGGACAUCUUCAGAGGUGUUCCAAGGUUUAAGAGGCCAAGCUUCCUUCGUGACCCAUGGACAUGUGGCAGAAACCCUCCCAUGGUCUUCCCUCCUGAGCAGACAACACCCUCCAGUACUUACUCAGACACAGGUGAUGGGCCUUCCACAGAGUACCAAGAAGUGUGUCAGAUGAGAAAGAAAACUGUGGAGUUUAACUUGAACAUUCCAAGGAGCCCCACAGAACAUCUUCAACAAUGCCAUUUGGACCAGCUGCCAACCAACAAACACGCUAUACUGAAGGAGCAUGUAGAGAGCCCUAUCCCAACAGGGAUGAAGCUGACACCAAACCCGUUUCCUAUGAGUGAUGCUUCACAGCCUGGUCCUCACCUGCACAGAUUCCAGCAGGGCACGGACUCACUUGGAGGCACACAGCAUCGAUACCCAAGUGUACGGUCCCCAGGCAGUCUGGCAAGUAACUCAGAACCAAGAGUGCGUAGUCCUGUCUGAACACACCUGUAUUUUACUAUCUUUCCCAUACUAAGGAGUUUAAUAAACAUGAAUAUUCUUU